UUUCACGUUGUGUCGUCGCGUUCGGAUUGGUUCCUUCGGUGGCUCAAGUCAGACAUCGAGCGUAAAAAAAACACAUAGUAGUACACCACCACAGGUAUUUGUUGGUGAUUCCGGUUUUGCAACAUAUUUCCUUGGGCGCAACAGUGUCCAAAUCGGUCAAUCUGUUUGGUGUUUAGUUGAACGAGUCUCAUUACAUAGUGCGUUACUUUUUCACAGAUGAUUUCCAAACUGCUAGUCCUGUCCUGCCUGGUGGCGGUGGCGAUCUGCGAAUCAAAACUGAAGGUCGACAUGGUCAGCGUUCCGGAGGGCUGCACCACCAAGAGUAAAAACGGCGACAUGCUGACGAUGCACUACACCGGCAAGCUGACCGAUGGGACUAAAUUCGAUUCAAGUUUUGACCGAGAUCAACCCUUCACCUUCCAACUUGGAGCCGGCCAGGUUAUUAAAGGAUGGGACCAGGGACUGAUCGAUAUGUGCGUUGGUGAGAAGCGAAUGCUUACCAUUCCACCAGAGCUGGGUUAUGGAGAGCGUGGAGCCGGAAAUGUCAUCCCUGGUGGAGCAACUCUGGUGUUCGAUGUUGAACUGAUCAACAUUGGCGACUCGCCCCCAACCACUAACGUUUUCAAGGAAAUCGACGAGAACAAGGACAUGCAGCUCAGUCGUGAAGAGGUCAGUGAAUACCUCAAGAAGCAGAUGGUUGCCGCCGACGGUGGCCAGGAAUCGGACGACAUCAAGAACAUGAUCGCCGAGCACGACAAGCUGGUGGAGGAGAUCUUCCAGCACGAGGACAAGGACAAGAACGGUUACAUCUCGCACGAUGAGUUCUCCGGUCCGAAACACGACGAACUGUAAGGGCACUGCAUUCCCAUCCUCUGUCCGAACUACUAUUUUCCCUUCCACUGUGGACUGUGUGCAGGGAGUUUACCCGCCCCCACUUCGUUUCUUCCGAACUAGUUUAAGCUGUUGAAGUUUACACUUAUUAGACCGCGAGGAAACAGUUUAGCUUCAGCCGAGAAACGAUUACUUACAAUCGCACAAUGUUUUUUUUUUUGUUUUCUUCCUAUCGUUGACAUUUUAUGAAACUAUGAAACGGUGAUUAUUUAUUUUUCACAUUAAAAUAUUUUUGCGAACAAAUAGUAAUUAACGACUAGUAAACAAGUUAGAAUUCGUUGUAGAGAAAGUAAUGAUUGGGAUGGUCUGAUGAAGACACUCCCUUUUGUGUAUAUACGUUUUAAUUGCGUACAAGUAGCACUGAUAAAUUGAAACAAAAUUGCGUUUUGGUUGUUAUCUAGGGAAUCGUUUUGCUCGAGAAUCACACGAGUUAGAUAUGGAAACAAGUUCAAAUUUUUACCUUCAGUUGGAAGCCGGCAGAAAGCGAACAUCAUACGACAAACAUAUCACAUUGAAUAUAAUAAAAACUUUUGUAUAGAAA